AAUACACUGUAGUUGAACACAAGUUUCAGUCGUAAAAUGAUCUUAAAUGUAAUGAGAAAAAUGACUGGUAUAAUUUAAUCUAAAUUUCAUCGUCUGUCUUUAAUUUAAAUUUAAAAAAAAAUGGUGCCGACCGAAAUUAAUUUUGGAAUAUGGGACUAUGUGAUAGUGGUACUAGUGAUGCUUAUAUCAGCUUCCAUUGGUGUCUAUUACAGAUUCACUGGAGGACGACAAAAAACUAUGCAGGAAUAUCUCUUGGCAGACAAAAAUAUGUCGAUAAUUCCAGUGGCAGUCUCUCUAAUGGCGUCCUUUAUGUCUGCAGUCACCCUUUUGGGAGUUUCUAGCGAAAACUACACUUUUGGUUUUCAGUUUAUUGUCAUAAACAUUUCUUAUGGGAUUUUUACGCCUGUAGCAGCAUAUGUAUAUUUGCCGAUUUUUUUUCGGCUUCAAUUGACUAGCGCCUAUGAGUAUCUAGAGCUACGAUUCGGCAAAACCGCUCGAAUAACCGCUUCACUAGCCUACACUUUCCAAAUGACUUUAUACAUGGGAAUUGUGGUUUAUGCACCUGCUUUAGCAAUGGAGGCCCUUACUGGAAUUAGCAGAGUUGCUGCUGUUCUUUCGAUGGGAUUGGUUUGCACUUUUUACUCAACUAUUGGAGGAAUGAAGGCCGUGUUAAUCACCGAUAUCUUUCAGUCGGCUCUUAUGUUCGUGUCAGUUUAUAGUGUUAUUUUUGGGGCUCUAUCGGAGAAAAGUUUCGCAGAAAUAUGGCGAAUUGCGGAACAGGGCGGAAGAACCGACUUGUUAAACUUCGAUAUUGACCCAACUGUCCGUCAUUCGUGGUUCACCUUAAUCAUCGGCGGAGGAAUCACGUUUCUCUCUCUCUAUGGGGUCAACCAGGUGCAAGUACAGAGAUAUUUAACCAUAAAAGAUUUAAAAGGAGCACAGAAGGCUCUGUGGCUCAACUGGCCCAUUUUAACCGCUUUGAGUCUCAGCACUUCGUUUGCUGGACUGUGUAUUUAUUCCAAGUAUUUCGACUGUGAUCCAGUUAAGUCUGGGUAUAUCAGCACUAGUGAUCAGUUAAUGCCUUAUUUUGUGAUUGACACCAUGGGCAAAAUCCCUGGACUAUCCGGACUAUUUGUAGCAGGGAUUUUUAGUGCUGCCCUGUCUACAGUAUCAUCAGCCCUAAAUAGUUUGGCAGCGGUAACAAUGGAAGACUACUACAAGCCCUUGUAUCGUUGCAUAACUGGCCAUGAAAUUUCCAGUAAAUCCGCCUCGUUCCAGGCUAAACUUGUUGCUUUGUUGUAUGGACUUGUGUGUGUUGGAGUGACAUUCUUGGCCGAAAAUUUGGGGGGAGUGUUGCAGGCCGCCCUUACGAUAUUCGGGAUAAUCGGGGGUCCGUUGUUGGGCCUUUUUUCCUUGGGGAUGUUUUCUUUAACGGCCAACGAAGGUGGGGCAGUCAGUGGCGUAACUUUAGGUUGUGCCCUGGCGUCCUGGAUGGCCUUCGGUCCUAAACCUCCUGCGCCUGUCCUGCCUACAAGUAUAGCAGGUUGUAAUUUAACCACCCUUGCUGAAGAAUCUUUUUUUAAUAUGGAUGUUAAUGCCACUGACUCUAGUCAAUAUUUAUGGGUCUACCGGGUUUCUUAUUUGUAUAAUGGAGUGGCUGGACUCUUAACGACGUUCCUUGCAGGAUUUUUGAUAAGUUGGGUAAUUAGGUUGGCCUGCGGUAAGACGAUUAAUCAGGAAAAUUAUGAUAGCAGGCUAUUUAUUCCUAUGAUUGCGAAGAAAGUCGAGAAAAUUAAUAUAAAUAAAACUAAUUUAAAAAUAAAUGAGCCUACUGCUCAGGUAAAACAGUAGAAUUAAUAUUAAUUAUAAGUUAAUAAAAGUUCUGGUUUUAUUAAGAUAA